GGUCGGUUGCCGGUGGGUGUUCGACGAGGCAGCGGCUACUCGGCUGUGCCUGCAACGGCUAAAAAGAUGCACACAUCUCGGUCUGCGUCCAACAGAGAGGUGCGGGGAAGCUCGUAACGCCGCGUGCUGAUUCCUGUCUCUACGACACGGACGCGAACCAGAAAUGGCCGGAAUUAUUAAAAAGCAAAUAUUGAAACACUUGUCAAGGUUCACCAAGAAUCUGUCGCCGGACAAGAUCAACCUCAGUACGCUGAAGGGGGAGGGGCAGCUGUCCAACCUGGAGCUCGAUGAAGAGGUUCUGCAAAACAUGCUGGACCUGCCCACCUGGCUCGCUGUCACUCGGGUCUACUGCAACAAGGCCGCCAUCAGGAUACAAUGGACAAAGUUGAAAACAAGCCCCAUCUGUCUGUUCUUGGAUAAGGUCGAGGUAGAAAUGAGGACGUGCGAGGAGCCGCGGGCCCCUAACGGCCCCUCCCCUAUCGCGAUAACAGCAGGCCAGAGCGAGUACGGCUUCGCCGAGAAAGUGGUGGAGGGCAUGUCCGUCAGGAUCAACUCCAUCACCAUCAAGGUGCAGGCUCGUGCCUUCCACGCCUCCUUCGAGCUCUGGCAGUUGCAAGGCAACAGCCUCAACCCCAAAUGGCAGCAGAGUGACCUCCGCUACACCCGCGUCACCGACCCGAAGAGAGGAGAGGUGUUGACGUUCAAAGAAAUAAACUGGCAGAGCCUUCGCAUCGAGGCGGACGCCAUCGAGAGUGACGACCAGGACCUCGGCAGCACCCCGUUACGCCUCAUCACCAACCAGGGACGCAUUCGCAUCGCCCUCAAACGCAGAAUAAAGGACUGCAACGUGCUGGCCUCCAAGCUGCUGUUCAUUCUGGACGACCUGCUGUGGGUGCUGACGGACUCUCAGCUCAAAGCCAUCAUCCAUUACGCCAAAUCUCUCAGCGAGGCCAUGGAGAAGUCCGCGCAGCAGAGGAAGAGCAGGACUGCCGAGUCCCUCCAGACUGCUCCUCCAUCGCCUGGCCUUCACAACCUUUGGACAGAGACCCCACCCAGAGACCCCACUGGCACCCCAAACAACAUCAGUCAAUUAUUUGAUCUCUAUGAUGUCAAGGAGUCUUCGUACCACACCUUCAUAUCCCGUUUGGACUUACACAUAUGCAACGACAGUUCUUCAACGGAUGACGAUGAGGCUCCCCCGCCGGGCUUGCAAGGCGCCAUGCAGCUGACAUUCAGGAGGCUGGGCUUCGACUACUAUCCCGUCCACAGACCUGCUGAUGGAUGUCGGCACUGGGAACGCCACAGUGGAGCCAUGGAGGCGCAGGCCCAGUGGGCUGGGAAGCUGCUGCAGGAGUACCAGAGGAGAGCCGAGGCUUCUGGGUUCCCUGGGCCCCACCCGGAGGGGCCCCCGUCAACCAAGGACACCGCUGCCAAGACGGCUCAAGACGGACAGUCCAGUCCCAAGUCGAGCCCCUCUGACACGGAGCCGCCGUCCAGCAGGAGCUCGGCUCCUCCAGCGGCGCCACUCAAGAGGCUGCGAUCCAGCUGUGUGGUGGUCAGGAUGGAUGACGUGGACAUUCACCAGGUGUCCUCAAGAGGCCAUCAAAACAAGAAGACCCGCUCUUUAUUAUCCUGCAACCGCAAAGCUCUGCGUUUGCCAGACGGCGUGCCGGCGGUUCAUCUGCAGUUCACGGAAUACUACUUUCCGGACAACCCGAGUUUUUCAGUGCCCACCUCAAACCUGUAUGCCCAGCUGAACAGCCUCCAGCUCUGCGUCGACCCGGCCAGCGUGCUGUGGAUCAAUCUGUUUUCCCGGGGGCUGCUGCACACCUUGGACCAGGUCAAAGUGUUCUACCAUUUGCAAGACAGCAGCAGGGCUGAAGAGCACGUCGACAUCCGCAUGGACGCCACUCUGCUCAAGUUAAUAAUCCCCUUGGAUUCUUCCAUAUUGGACCAUCCGGAGCGUCCACAGUCCCUCUCUGUCACCGUCCCCCAGAUGGUCCUCAGUAACACUCGCCUCUGCCCUCACGGCUCCAGAGCGGACCUCGGCAGCACCUGCAGCAAGUUCGCCAGCUGCCCUUUCUUCCAGCACACACCUCCCUGCCCCUUCCCCAGAGACCAGAGUGCCUUCCACCCCGUCCCGUCCACCUUCCUGCGGCACUCUCAAGUGACGGAGCCCCAACCUCUGGAGAGAAAGCAGCUGCGAUCCCAGGACCUCUGGUCCCUCAGCCUGUCCCGUGUGACCCUGGGUUUCGAUGGCGCUCGGCGAUUCCCCAAAGGCGGAACCCAACCCUUCGUCGAGCCCUUCGCCAUGUCUGUGUGGAUGUGCCAGCCCUCUGCCUUGAGAAAUGGAUCAUCGUCUUCCUCCUCCAGUCCCCAGUCUUCCUCAGAGCGGGAAGAGGCUUCGCUUGCCUCUCUCCACUUCUUGGCCCACACCAUCACCCCAGUGAAGGUGUGGCUCAACCACUACCAGUAUGUAGCCCUGCUGAGGAUGAAGGAUGCCAUGGCUCGGUUGGGGGCGGAGCUAGGCCGGGAUCUACGAGAUGUGGAGCAGGCCCGUGGCCAGAAGACAAAGUCCGCUACAGUUUGUCUUGCCCUCCUGGUGGACUCUGCAGAAUUGGGUCUCCUGUUGCCACCAGUGAGCACAGAUUCCGAGGAAGAGGUCCCCCACACCCCAGAGACCGACAGCGCCAGCAUAACUGACUCUGACAUCUCCCCCACUCAUCACUCCGCAGUGCUGGAGGACAGCGGGGUGGAGAACGGCAUCUCCCCCAUCAACACUGUGCCUGCGACUGAACAGGAUGGGGCGGUGGAGGAGGCACGCGAGGCUGUGGAGGAGGAGGACGGCUCGGCGACCCGGCAGGACACCCCCGUCCUCUCGCCCCCACGCUCACCCGGACAGUCGGCCGCACUCUCCCGCGGACUGUCCAACUUUAGCCUGGAGGGAGAGCUGUCCAGCGCCAUCAACGUCACCAAGGACGCCAUCAGUGCCUCUCUGGACCUGACCAAAGGGGCGUUUUCCAUCACGAAGGACGCCUUCAGCAUGCUGAGUCGUGGCUCGGGCAUGAGCAAGUUGUUCAGUACGCAGGCAAAGGAACAGGUCCAGCGUUCAGAGGAGACCUCCCCCUCUUUGGCCGCCAGCCUGCGCCAUCAACCCAUGAAGCAGUCGUCUUCCCAGCAUUCCUUUGACAGCGCGAUCUUGGAUGGCAGCCUGCCUGACGAGAAUCUCUCCGUGGAUAGUGACAUCAGCGACAAUUUUGUCGGCCUCAUGGGCUCGGAGUCGGGCACGGAGACGCGUCCCAACAACACUCCCGCAGGCAGCCGAGGCGACGUGGCCCCUGGUACUGAGGGAGGCUCUUCAGCGGACCUCAGCAGCUCCCUGUCCCAAAGUAUAGAGGACAUGUCUGAGGACAUGUCCUCAGUGUUGCUGCUGGUCCUGAGUGGAGCAGCGUGUACCGUGGAAGUGAAGGGAGAAGAUCAGGUCGUGGCUGUAGAGGCUCAGAAUAUGAGCCCGGUGCAGAUGGGCAAUAUCAGGGUAUCGGACCUGCUGGCUGGCCUCAUCCAGGCUCCAAGCGGAGCCGUCCCGAAGCAGGACAAGCGGGGUAUCGGGGGCUCUCCGGUCGUGUGCAUGCGGGCAGAAAUGGGUCCGCGUGCAGCCCGGCACUCCGCUAUGGCCGAGGCUUCGGGCUUUUUGGAUAUCAGAUUGCAAGACUGCCAGGCCCAGUUGUUGGCCUCCACCGUGACCAACAUCGGCCCCUUUCUGGAGGACGAGUUCAGUGUUGACGGUCAGCCAAUGAAGUUACAUAUGAGCAACAUCACCAUCACUAUGAAGGAUGACGGCCCUAAACUCUACCCGACGGCCCCUCAACCGGUCCCGGCCUCGUUCAUUGUAGAUCAGCUGCUGCUCGAGCGUGGUGACGAUGGCGUCAUGAGGCUCAGAGCUGGAGGUGCAGACCGCCCUAAAGCCUCGGCAGGCGUUCCCGUGUCCUGCUCUGAACAGCAGCGUGAGAGACAAACCCUGGAGUCCCAGCUCUCCGAUGCCCAGGCCGCUCUCACCCAGGCCCGCGGGGACAGACAGCGCCUCCUUCUGGAAGUCAGGAAGCACAACCCCACCUUCACCCUCUGACCUCCCGGGGAACGGUGAGGGGACGCAUCGGGCUGAAUGUCGGGAACCAGCCUGACUCGAUAACUGGACAUUGGACAUGUUCGAAAAAGGAGCUUUGAAUCCGAGUUGUGGCUUUGGAUCGCGUCCCACACAAAAAAAACCUGUAGCAAUUAUAAAUAGGGGAACCAAGCGAAUUAACUUAUAGGUACAUUUAUGGUACUACGUUUUACCUGGCAGUCUAAAUAUUCCCCGCUGCUGUUCCACAAAUGAUCCCGGUCGUUUCUCAUCCACGUCCGCGUGGACCGUAACCGCGUCGCGUGGUUUUUCGGUGCUUGUCACGCAGCAUGCGAGGUUUAACACCACGACGCUUUCAUUCUCUCCCAGUAAAUUGUUUGUGUUUUUUCGGAAAUUGAGCACAUGCCAAAAAAACCUCCUCCUCCCGCGACACCGACACUGCCAGACCGCUGCUAGUCCGUCAGCUUCCACACGACUCAUUCACGUGUAGCACAUUUACAGACGGACAAGAAGCGGAAUCGACGUAAUAACGUAGAUCGCUCCCGUUAGGUGUGUGCGACGUUUCAUUGGAAACGUAUUCUGAUAAUAUUAUCAGCUGUUGCUCGUUGAACAUGUGUAGGGGAAACUGCACUUUUUUUAUUUUAAAGGAAGCCGGACUCCACUGCUUUCACUGACAAGACGGAUGCAUCUUCUCAAUUUCCUCCGUGGUGGCUUCAUCCCCGAGGGGGGGGCGGUCGCUCUUAUCCAGUUCUCACCGAUCGAGCUUCAAUUGUACCGAGGAACGAUGUUCUCAGUGGUCCGACGUCCACUAGAGCGCGAGAGAUGGGCACGUCUUUGGGACCGCAGCUCCAGUAUUGGAAUGGGGUUAUUAUCUUCACUCAAACUCCCUGGUUUUAAGAGGUUUUAGAUCAUACCACCAACCAGUUCUAAUACUUGAUCGCCUUAAAAACUGGUAUUGUCGUUUGCCAGGAAACAUCUCCGACUGCGCGUGUCACUACCUCUGUGCACAUGAGUCACGUACAAGUGGUUAUGCACUUACAUGUGUCUAUUUAUUUAGAUUUGUCAAAGGCUAAAGUUACUUUACACGAGUGUAUUGAAGCCAAAUCAAAGAAAAAGACGUGAUGUGUGCACAAAUUGUUUCAUGUUAAUUUAGGAACAUUCACGACACACUGAGAUUCUUCAGUGGGUUUUAAUCCUGAUGAGUUGCAGAUGUUAUCUAUCGGACCCGUUCCCAGUUCACGUAUGUCACCGUCUUCUAUGCAUACAUCUGUUCUAUGCAUGGAUUCGUUCAUCAAAAAGACUGUCGAACAGUAUAACAUGCAUCGUUAUGAUACUUUGGUACAUUUUACGUACAAAUGUUCUGUUGUUAAAUCUGUGGUUUAGAGUGCUGCCUGUGGAGGAAGUUAUCCGUUUGAAUGAUCUUUCAUUGUCAUCCCAUUGUGUGCUUGGGCGACCCCUGGUGGCCUGGACGUGCCAGAGCAGUCGGCAUUCUGAAUAUUUUCUUUCUCAACGUUGGCUGCCUUGCAAGCUCUGAAUGACGGAGAGGAAUGUCAAAUAUUUACGCAAUAGAAAGACUUGGUUGAACCAAAAACACGACAAAGGAACCACAACGCGACACAUCUCUCAAGUGGAAUUCUUCAAUGUUCAAGAUGACUUAUCUAGUAAUUUACCCGUCUACCAGGUUUUAAUGUGUUCCCCUAACCUGCAUGUGAACUCAACACAUCCUAACCAUGAGUGUUAUAAUGCAGAGAUGCUGCCCUUUGACCUCUGUAGGAGUCCGUUGUGAUCGCAGCUUUCGAUGUUUUGGUUUUUGCAUGGCCUUAGUAGACAACAACAAAAUACAGCGGUACAAAGUUAGAUUUCCCAUGCUGGAUGCCACUUGUAGCUUUAAAUCCAGACUAUAUUUUGCGAGUAGCAGCCGUUCCGCUGACAAACCGGUGCUCUAUGAUCCAUCUGCUCAUCAACACGCAAAAGAGACGGAUGGAGAAUGAAGGGAGACUCACUACAACCUGGCAAAAUGUGGCCACUGAAAGCAGAUGCAUGUUCUGAAGUAAUGUUGCAUUGUUUAUGCCUUGUGAGUUACUUGCACUCGUAUGAUAAAUUCAAUUCAAUUUGUCACUUGUUUUGAUGUAAAUCUGUAUAUUUGUCAGUUGUGUAGUUAUUUUGUAUCGUCUUUAUCACUUCAUUGAGACUAAUAUAAAAAUUGGUUCUGUGAACCGGAGCUAGUAUGUGGGAAAUAUUUUGAAAAAAUAAAUGAUUAAUUGAACACAU